GUGAUUGGCCGAUACCGAGGGAAGGAGAACGAAAAGAGGUUAGAAAAAAAAAAAAAAAGGUGAAAAAGCAAAAUAAAGACCUGAGCUUGGAAAGUGUCAACAACAUACCACCGCUGAGCAGCGACACGACGUGGGAACUCGAAGCGGAAGACGGAUUAACCGCUGGGGAGGGCAAAAGCAAGCGAAAAGAGACGACGCAGCGUGGAGGGGAAAAGUGUUUUUCGCUCCAAGUUGGCGGAGGAAGACGCAAAAGAACCAGAACGCGGAGGCCCGGGAGGAUAUUUUUAGAUGCGCUGCUGGCGGGGGUAUAUUGCGCGCCGAUGCCCACAGCGGACUGCCGGCUGCUUCAUCAUGGCCGGAUCAUGAGGUGCUUGAGCUGCCUGCUGCUGCUGCCCGACACACUCCGAAAGUCCAAGAAGCUCGGCGCGCUCCCGGCGAAGCUCCCGCUACCGCCCUACGACAAGCACAGGAAGAUGGCCGCGGAGCUGUGCGCUGCCAACAACGGCAACCUGGCGAGCGGCACAACGGUGGCGGACGCUGACAAGGCGGUGACUAACAAGGAGGCAACGGCUGCUACCGUGAGCCAGGCCGCCGGCGGGGGAGGACAAGGCGAAGGCGGAGGAGAGAGCGAUGGCGGAAGUGUGCCCGCGGUGGUGGCCGCCACCGGUCCCGACGACGACCAGCACAACGUCAUCAACACCACCACCGAGCCCGACAGCUGGCAAAGCAGCCACCCCACACUCAGAGAGAGGAACGCCCUGAUGUUCAACAACGAGCUGAUGGCCGACGUCCACUUCAUUGUGGGCCCCCCGGGGGGAUCGCAGCGGGUCCCGGCUCACAAGUACGUGCUGGCUGUUGGCAGCUCUGUGUUCUGCGCCAUGUUUUACGGCGACCUGGCAGAGGAGGAGGCCGACAUCCGCAUCCCCGACGUAGAACCCACCGCUUUCCUCAUCCUGCUUAAGUACAUGUACAGUGACGAGAUUGAGCUGGAGGCAGACACGGUGCUGGCCACCCUGUACGCCGCCAAGAAGUACAUCGUCCCAGCGCUGGCCCGCACCUGCGUCAACUUCCUGGAGACCAGCCUGGAGGCUAAAAACGCAUGCGUGCUGCUUUCACAAAGCCGGCUGUUUGAGGAACCUGAGCUGACGCAGCGCUGCUGGGAGGUGAUCGACGCUCAGGCCGAGCUGGCGCUGCGCUCCGAAGGCUUUUGCGAAAUUGAUGUGCAGACGCUGGAGAUCAUUCUGCGUCGCGAAACGCUCAACGCCAAGGAGGCGGCUGUUUUCGAGGCCAUCAUGAGCUGGGCGGCCGCCGAAUGCCAGCGACGGGGACUGGCGCCCGGCACCCGCAACCAACGGCAGGUGCUGGGCAAGGCACUCUUCCUGGUGCGUAUUCCCACCAUGAGUCUGGAGGAGUUUGCCGAUGGCGCGGCGCAGUCCGACAUCCUGACGCUGGAAGAGACCCGCAACCUGUUCCUGUGGUACACGGCCGUCAACAAGCCGAGGCUGGACUUCCCCACCAGCGCCAGGACGGGUCUGAUCUCACAGAGAUGCCACAGGUUUCAGUCGUCGGCCUACCGGAGCAACCAGUGGCGCUACAGAGGGCGUUGCGACAGCAUCCAGUUUGCCGUGGACAAGCGAAUCUUCGUCGGCGGACUGGGAUUGUACGGAUCCAGCGGCGGCAAGGCUGAGUACGGCGUCCGCAUAGAACUUAAGCGUCAGGGCGCCAUGCUGGCCCAGCGCCUCACCAAGUUUGUUUCGGACGGCUCCAGCGGGACCUUCCCUGUGUGGUUCGAACAUCCGGUUCAGAUCGAGCCUGACGCCUUCUACACGGCCAGCGUGAUUCUGGACGGCAACGAGCUCAGCUACUUUGGGCAGGAGGGCAUGACCGAGGUGCAGUGCGGCAGGGUCACUUUCCAGUUCCAAUGUUCCUCGGACAGCACCAACGGCACUGGCGUGCAGGGCGGACAGAUCCCCGAGCUUGUCUUUUAUGCCUGAAUGCCGGGCGGAUCCUCUCAUGUAGCAUUGCAAAGUCCGACUGAGACUCUUCUGGAACUUGAUUUAAUUUAAGCUUUUCUUUCCUUAUUUAAACACUGCGCUUGUUGACAACACAACUGGGCUACUUUCUGUACUAAAAACAAAUUGAGUUGAAUCAUGGCAGCCGGAUCUUAACAAGCCACAAUUGUGCUCAUGCACUAAAGGUAAAAAGAGGCGACCUAGCUGAGACGAAUCCGGAGGCAGCUAACAAGAAUCCAAUUGCCUCCAUUCAAAUUUUCAAGUUAAGUAGUUGACAACUAUCCAGAUGGGUUUGGUUUGUUCGUUCGACCCAACAAAUUUUUUCAAGGCCACUUGCAUACAUUGACCAAGCAAGAACGGUUCCGUUCUCCUCUGUUCCCAUCUUAUUCUUCCAACAACACAAUCGCAACAUUUCCAGAAUUUCCCAUUCUCCACACAAACUUUCCAAAACAGCGCAGAACCUCAAACAAUUCUCUCAACUGAUUCAAACUAUGUUUCAACCAGUGAGAAGAGUCCAGUUGCCUUGGUUAAACCUUUGGGUAUGAGUGCAACCUACGCGACUGAGAAUCGACACAGACACGUCGAGUUUCUGCCCUUGACGAGCACAGCCUCUCAACUGUUUGCUUUUUGUUCUUCUUUGGACAGCUUGAUGCUGCCUGAAGAAGCAUUGAUGUGCUGGGAAAAUGAGAACGAUAAAAAUUCUCCAAACUUUG